AUGUCUUCUAAAUUACCGAAAACAACUUUAAGUUUAAAACAAUUUAUGCUGCGUCGAGAAGUAUUAAAGUUGUACAGAGAAAUAUUCAGGACAAUAAGGCAAAUUCCUGAGGAGAGCACGCGUAUAGAACUUAAAGAUUGGGCGAGAACCGACUUUAAAAACAAUAAGCAUCACAGUGAUGAAGCAACAAUAAAAAGCAUGUUAUAUUAUGGCAGGAAAUCCCUAGCAGAUCUACAAAAAUCCUUAGCAAUUAGUAGAAGC